AUGGAGUAUACCUCUCGUCCAGAUAGGGCCUGCAGCAUCGCGCGCUUGCCCACAGAGCUCCUCGUAGCCACGUUCAAGCUACAAAUAGAACCCGUUGAUACCAGGGUUCUCCCUUGGCUAAACCCACGAGGUCAACGACACGGUCCAGAAACCGUCGCCAGUGUUUGUCGGCGCUGGAGACAAAUCGCGCUGGAUAUUCCAUAUAUAUGGAGCCAUCUUUACAUCUCGGAUGCGUGGUCCACUGAAAAGCUGAAAUCUUACUGGCAACAAAUGCGCAUUCGCUACGCUGGAUGCGCCCUCAACGUUACCGUGAUCGACGUCAACGUUCCUAUCAUCGAAGAGGAGCUGCCCUUGAGCUUUGUCAGUACUCUAAACACCGUGACUCGCCUUGCACAUCUUCGCAUCGUCAUGGCAGACACUAAAGCUGCUGCGUGGGUGUAUACCCUGUUUCAACAUCUCACAGUGAAGCCCACGAGUUUCACCGUACAGACACCCUUUUUUCCGUGUAAUCAAAUGGAUCAAGUGGCUUCAUGUUCAUCCACGGUCAGAUUCUGGGGAGGCCUUCUAGUCCCCCUUGAUCAAGUCUUUACCAGCUCCUGUAUGAGCCAACUGACGGACCUUACGUUGGACGGAGUCGUUUCCAUGAUAAAUUGCGCGCCUCAAACGUACCCCUUGCCACAAAUGGAGGCAUUACGACGCAUUAGAAUCAAGCAACCGCAGGAGCAUGAAAUGGCACCGUUCAUCAUCGAGGAUCUAUUUAGUCUACCAAAGCUCGAAGAAUUACACCUCCACGCAGCGUUUAGCGACAAUUGGACCAUUACGGAGGGCAACCCAGCGACACCUGAUGCGCCGUUGCGUAGCUUGUAUAUUUCACAAUAUUUCCCAAUCAAGUUUAUGUUCGAGAAAUACCCUCCCGUUCUCCCCAAACUCGUAUCCUUUGGCGUAGAGGAAGUUGAAAAAAACGACCUACUCGCCUUUCUUUCCGCCAACCCUACCAUCCUCAACUUUUCCUUACCUUCAAACAUCAGUCUACGAGCGGCAGAUUGGAAAACCACUCACUUUGACUCUCUCGACGUCCCUCAGGCCCUCAACAUCUCUCCAUUGCUCCGGAAGCCAUUCAUAUUCUCCAACCUUGCCCGACUUCGACUCACAUACAACCCUAUACACGCCUCCAAGUAUAGCAAGCUCAUAGAGAAGCGGUGUAGAGCACAAGGGCCAGGUCGUAUCCCUCUACUGGUCAUCGAGGUGGGCUUGGACGAGGUGACUAGUGCCCGAGAUGUACUUUGUCAACAAGGUGAAGGUGAGAGGGACGUUUGGAAGAGCGAAGACGGGUUACUUUGGUACUUCUUCAAUGAAUGA